UUCCACGUUCAAUGUAGUUCCAGUUGCUCUCUGCCUUGAUGGUGAAUGGUAGUUGUGUCAUACCUUACAGUCAUUUUCGUUUUAUACUUGUAUAAUUUCACUAUUAGUAUCAGUCAAGAUUAUGGCAGACAAACAACGUGUUUGCAUCAUUGGAUCAGGAAAUUGGGGUUCAGCUAUCGCUAAGAUAGUUGGAGCAAAUGCCGCCAAACUUAAUAAUUUUGAGGAUCGUGUUACGAUGUACGUAUAUGAGGAAACUAUCAAUGGAAAAAAACUAACUGAAAUUAUUAAUGAGACGCAUGAAAACGUAAAGUACCUUCCAGGACAUAAACUCCCGCCUAAUGUGAUUGCAGUUCCUGAUGUAGUGAAAGCUGCCGAGGAUGCAGAUAUCCUAAUUUUUGUAAUACCACAUCAAUUUAUCAAUAAAAUAUGUAGUACGUUAUUAGGGAAAAUUAAACCUACAGCUGUUGGUCUUUCUUUGGUGAAGGGUUUUGAUAAGAAGGAGGGAGGUGGCAUUGAACUUAUUUCACAUAUAAUUACUAAACAACUUCAUAUUCCUGUUUCGGUUUUAAUGGGAGCAAAUCUAGCUUCUGAAGUUGCCGAGGAAAUGUUUUGUGAAACUACUAUCGGUUGCAAGGACAAAAAUAUGGCUUCUAUACUAAGGGAUAUAAUACAAACGCCAUAUUUUAGAGUUGUAGUAGUUGAAGAUGUUGAUUCUGUUGAAUGUUGUGGGGCAUUGAAGAAUAUAGUAGCUUGCGCCGCUGGAUUCGUCGAUGGUCUAGGUUUGGGUGAUAAUACAAAAGCUGCUGUUAUCAGAUUAGGUCUUAUGGAAAUGAUUAAGUUCGUGGAUGUCUUUUUCCCUGGAGGAAAACUUUCUACUUUCUUUGAAAGUUGUGGUGUAGCUGAUCUUAUCACUACUUGUUAUGGCGGUCGCAAUCGUAAAGUUUCUGAAGCUUUCGUAAAAACAGGCAAGACAAUCGAAGAAUUGGAGAAGGAAAUGCUAAAUGGACAAAAGUUACAAGGUCCGUUCACUGCUGAAGAGGUAAAUUAUAUGCUAAAAGCAAAAGAUAUGGAAAGGAGAUUUCCUCUUUUCACGGCCGUGCAUAGGAUUUGUACCGGUGAGAUAAAGCCUGCGGAACUAAUUGAAUACAUACGCUAUCAUCCAGAACACAUGUAAGCUUAAUUGUCUCCACUAUAUUUAAUGGCGGACUAGUUUAAAUAUCUGACCUUUAUUUUAGAAAUUGUUAUAGAACGAUAAAUAUUUUAUUUGAUAUAUUGUAAAAUUUACUUUCGGAGCUAAAAUCACAUUAGUAUACGGUCACAUAAAUUCUAGAAAUUCAACGAGAAAAAUGUUAUAUAAAUAUGUAAUAUUUGUGAGAUUUAAUUGGGCAUCCUAUACGAGGUGUGAGAUCUAAGCAUUAAUUUAUUUCAAAAUUAAUAUUUUACCAUACAUCUUUAAAAUAAUAAGUGCUCCGUUUAGCCAUGGUCCUAUUUUCUUUUGUAGUUACAUGUUCUAAUGUGUGUUAAAACCAAUUGAUAAACCUGUAAAAAGUAACUGAGCACUAACCUGAUAAUAUGUAUAUUGUACAUAAUACGUGUACAUAUUUGUAAAUAGUUAUCAUGUAUAUCGAAAUUAAAAGGGCUUAUGUACAAUUUUUUCCAAUGUUAUAUGCACAUAUAUACGAUGAAAUGUUUCGCACUUCUAUCAAAUAAAACGGUUUUUAUUUUAAACAAUGAAAAUGAAGGAUUAUAUGUACAAUUACGUACAAAAGAGCUCUGAUAGCUUCGUAAAAGAGAUUAUUUUUUUAUACCAGCUAUGUAAAUAUGAAACCGGAAUUUUUGUAUAGAAAAUACACGUUUAUUGUAUGAAAACGAUUAAAAAUAUUUUAUUCGAAGUAUUGCCCAUCGCUAAUACAUUUUUAGCUAUAUAUUUAGCUAUACGUUUUUCUCACCUGUCUGUCAAUUGGUGGAUG